AUGGAGAGCUACAAGACCAAGUUGUUAAGUUUGUUGACCAGAAAAGGUGAAGUCAACAAGGCAGAACCCCCUUUGGACAUUAAGGAGGCAUUUUCCAAGUUUGCUAGAGGAGGGAACCAAAUAAUGAAGGAUCAGCUUCUUAGGUUCAUGGUGGAUCACCAGGGAGAAAAAAUCAACACCUUUGAGGAUUUGGAGAAAAUAGUUCAAAAGGUUUUGCAAGUAGGAAGUUCUAGCACUAAAACUAGCAGUAAUAGUAGUGUUGCAGAUGUGCUUAGGAGGCAAGGAUUAAGUCUCAAUGACUUCAUUGAUUUUUUGCUCCUUGAUGAUUUCAAUGGUCCCUUGAAAGAGGAGGUACAUCAUGAUAUGAGUGCUCCCUUGUCACAUUAUUUCAUGUAUACGGGGCACAAUUCCUAUUUGACCGGGAAUCAACUUACCAGUGAGAGCAGUGAUGAGCCAAUUAUAGAGGCUUUGCAACAGGGUGUGCGAGUAAUUGAACUAGAUUUAUGGCCAUCAUCAACUAAAGAUGGUAUUAAAGUAGUUCAUGGAAGGACUCUCACCACUCCUGUUUCACUGACCAAAUGUCUUAGAUCCAUAAAGGAAUAUGCUUUUGUUAAAUCUGAUUUUCCAGUUAUUCUAACAUUGGAAGACCACUUAUCAUCUACACUUCAAGAUAAAUUUGCAGCAAUGGCAACUCAAAUAUUUGGAGAAAUGCUCUAUUGUCCUCAGACAGAUUGUUUGACAGAAUUCCCCUCACCAGAAUCACUGAAAAAUAGGAUAGUUAUAUCAACCAAACCACCAAAGGAAUAUCCACAAUCUAGUAUCAGCAAACCUAUGCCAAAUGAAAGUGAUUCAUCUGAAGAAGAAUCACGGGGACUUGAAUUGCAAGAUUCUAUGGCUAAACUGAAAACUGAAGACAAGAAUGCAAGUGAUGAAGAUCAUGAAGACAUAAAUGAAUGUGAUAACAUACCAAAUCAGCAAGAUGCACGUCAAUACAAACACUUGAUCACAAUCUAUGGUGGAAAAUCAAAAGGUUCUAUGAAGGAUCGACUGAAAGAUGAUACUAAAGUUAGACGGCUAAGCUUGAGUGAGAAGAAACUUAAAAGUGCUUGUGAGUCUCAUGGAGCAGACCUUAUUAGGUUCACACAGAAAAAUAUCCUGAGAGUUUACCCUAAAGGAGAACGUGUCCAAUCCUCAAAUUUCAGACCACAUUUAGGGUGGAUUUAUGGAGCUCAAAUGGUGGCAUUCAAUAUGCAGGGGCAUGACAAAUCACUCAGGUUGAUGCAGGGGUUAUUCAGAGCAAAUGGGGGGUGUGGUUAUGUUAAAAAGCCUGAAUUUCUGAUCCGAAAACUUCCACAUGAAGAGGAGUUUCAUCCUAAAAGAACAAUGCCGGUGAAGCAGAUAUUAAAAGUAAAAGUAUACAGAGGAGAUGGCUGGAGUUCAGAUUUCAGUGCAACACACUUUGAUCGGUUCUCUCCCCCAGACUUUUACACAAAGGUAUACAUUGUUGGAGUGCCUGCUGAUUCUGACAAGAAGAAAACAAAAGUAAAGAUGGACACUUGGUAUCCUGUUUGGGAUGAAGAGUUUGAAUUCCCCUUAACUGUUCCUGAGCUUGCUUUGCUUCGGAUUGAAGUAAAGGAUAAAGAUAAGGGAAAGGAUGACUUUGCAGGACAAACUUGUUUGCCCGUAUCAGAGCUAAGACAUGGAUUUCGGUCAGUCCCUCUGUAUGAUCGAAAGGGAAAGAAAUUUAAUUCUGUGAAGCUUCUAAUGCGGUUUAAGCUUGAAAUUUAG